AUGAGUAGCAUUAACAGUGAUCCAUAUCAUACGGAAGAAGCAAAAAGAUUAGUUGUCAACAAUCAAAAGAUUUUAACUAUCUCUGCAUUAACUAUUGGUGGAGUUGUACUUGCACCAAUAGUGUUUGUUGGUUUGGUACAGGUAAUCGGAUUCGGUUCAGGUGGUAUCGUAGCUGGAUCAUUUGCCGCAUGGAUGAUGUCAUUGCAAGGUGGUGCCACUGCUGCAGGUAGUCUUGUAGCUAUUCUACAAUCGAUUGGUGCGGCAGGAAUCAGCCUAGGUGCAACUGUUGCAACAAGCGCAGGUGGUGGUACAUUUAUAGGAAUUUUGUCGACAUUGAUUAUGAAAAUAUUGAAUGCAAAUCCUGAGGGACGUGCUCAAUUAAAUGAAUUCGAAGCAUUCGACCAGUUUCUCAAAAUAUUCACAUCAAUCCAGAAAGUGAUUGAGACAAAAAAAUUCAAAUUCCUUAUAGAUGAAAAUGCGGAUAACGAAAACGUUUAUAAAAGUUUUGAAACUUUGUAUAAUCAUUUGGUAAAAAGCUAUGGAAAAGAGUAUGUUGAAAAAGUGCGGCUAAAUACUAUUACGUUGUAUUUGGGGAUGGAUCUAGUCCGUGCUAGUCUCUGA